AUGUACGUCUUAGAAAAACAAUAUAUCGUUUACGAAGGCUGUCAACUUCGAGAAAAGCAAACGCUAUGCACACUGCGCGUAACGCGGCUGCGCGUGUGCGGCGCGCUGGGCGAGGCGGGCGGCGGCGCGGCGGGCGGCGCGGGCGCGGGCGGCGGCGCGGGCGCGGUCAUCCUGGCGGCGCGCAUGCACAGCAGCAAGCGCACGCUGCGCUCCAACGACAUCGCGGUGCCGCCGCUCGACGUCGAGCUCGACCUCUGCUUCUCGCUGCAGUACCCGCACUUCGUGAAGCGCGACGGCAACAGAUUGCAAAUAAUGCUUCAGAGACGCAAGAAAUACAAAAAUCGCACAAUACUCGGCUACAAGACUCUCGCUGAAGGUGUCAUCAGAAUGGACCAGGUGCUACAAAGGUCCAUGGACAUGGAACUGGAGCUUGUGAGUGUUGGUGGCAAAGUCGGCGCCGCUGCUGGCCAGCCCAUCGCCAGGCUUACCAUCACCGGACUCGCGUCCACGCCCGUGGACCACGACACCAAGAACAACAACACGCUACUCAUCACCGAGAGGGGUUAUUCUGACGAGGAGGAAGAGGGAGAGUUCAGCUCGGUUGAAGAAGCUGACGAGAUGACGUACGGUGCCCCGGCAAGGCGACGCCCCCAUCGCCAGAUAGAGUUCAACAAGGCGGACAUGUCCUACACGAAGCUCUCGCGAUCGCGCGACUUGAGCUACGUGGAGCGUGAGCGAAAGAGACAGAGCUAUGUGCGCUCUAAGGUGCACGACAGGGACAGCGACAGCGAACUGGAAAGCGCGGCUGCUAAACGCAAGGGCAGCCGCGGAAAGCUCGCGCAACGCAACCUGAAGCAGAAGUUCGCGGCGCUGCUGCGGCGCUUCCGCGUGCCCGAGGAGCUGGCUGAGCGCGGCGCCGCGCGCGAUACGCACCACGCGCAGCGCGACAUCGACGAGCUCUUCCAGGAACUGGAGUCCCUAUCAUGCGGCGAGGGCGAGGACUCUGGCCCCGACCAAAUGGACACGAUCAGCAUCGGCUCCACACCAAAACCGUCGCUAAGACCUUUCUUCAGCAGCUCCCGGAGUCUUGCGAAUCAAGACCACCAUAGACACUCUAACGUGACGCGGCACGCCAGUCUCGCGUCGGCUGCCGAGCUGACAGCACCACGCGAGAAACUGCUGACCACUCUCCCGCUUACAGAAUCCGAAGCGAUGCGCAGUUCUGCUGGCGACGAACGCGGCAGUGAAGGGAACAGCGAUGGUGAUGCCACACUUGAUGCCCAGGUGUCCGGAGCGUCAGUGUCCAGCUCGCCGCCCAACGAGACCAAGGAUGAGAAGCGGUCGCGGCUGUUCCGCAGCGCGACCAGCGGCGGCAACCUGACGCCGGCGGGCGCCACGCGCAAGAAGAACUCGCUGGCGCUCAGCGUGGAGCGCCCGCUGUCCGCACACGAGCUGCCCGCCAUGAGCCCCACCGCACUCGAGCCGCGACGCACGCUAAUGGAGCAGGUGAGCCGCGUGCUGGGCGAGGACGGCCCCGUGCCCGAGUGCGUGGCGAUCGCGCCCUCCGGCGCCGCGCUGGCGCUGCAAGCGCUCGCCGUGCCCACUGUCAUAGUGGCGCCGCCCGCCGUGCCCGACGCGAGGCCGCUGCUUCAAGCGAUUUACGCACGCGCCGCUAAACAGUCAAUGCGCCGGGCGUGCGUGCGCGUGUGCGUGUGCGGCGGCGAGGCGGCGUGCGCGGCUGCGCUGCGUGCGCACGUGGAUCUGGCCGCGCGACGUCCACACGACGCGCCCGCGCUGCGCUUCUACAUCGUGCCGCUCGGUGCGUGCACGGUGUCGCGGUACGUGGCCGCGUCGGACAGCACGUACGCGGCGCUGUUCGCGAACGACUUGUGGCCGCAGGUCUGCGAGCGCGCCGCAGAACACUCCAUGCCCGACAUCGCCGAGAUGUCCUCCAGGAUCGGCAGGUAUUUGAACAGCAUCGGUCCCGUUAACAGCAUACCUAUUGGUGAGGCGAUGGUCGCCUACAGAGAAAAAUCUGGUGACGAAGACUCCAGUCAGACCUUCGUGCCGUUCAUUGCCGAGGUACGCGUGGGCUGCGGCGAGGGCGGCCCGUCCUCGCUGGAGCUGGAGGAGGGUGGCUCGCCCCCCGCGCGGCCCUCGCCCCCCGCGACGCCGGCGCCCGCCGACGCCGCAGCGACCCCCACUCCACACGCCCCCCCAUACCGCUGCGCAACCCCCGCCCCUGCACCACCAGCCGCAGGAGCUGCAGCUCGACUACUGGCUGGUGCCGGGUCGCGCUGCCGAGGGCGCGGAUGGCAAGGUGACGGUGAAGGCGACGUUCCGCGCGCUGCUGGUCACGCGCCACAACUCGCACCUCAGCAUCACCUACCUCACCAAGGAGAAGAAGCAGAAGAGUGA